AAAUGUCACUCUCCAGGAAGUUACAUUUUUAAACAGAAAAGGAAUAAUGAAACAUAAGACCAGGCUGUUAAAGAAGAUUAGCAAUUAACUGGUGUCUUCUAACUACAAAGUUGAAAGCUACAUAUCAAAGAAGAGAUCUAUCUGAUCUGCCUAUAAUUUGUCAUCUGUUGCUUUCUUCUUUAUACGUUGUUGGUCAAUCAAUGGCAGCUUAGAAGAACAAGUGCUAACAAAGAUGGGGAAGACAGGCAAAUGGCUUAAAAGCAUUUUGAAAGGGAAGAAAGACAAGGAAAAAGACCCCACAAAUCAGAAUUGUUCUGUUGCAAGUCAUGAAAAUCCCACCACUCCAAUCUCCAAUUCUUCACAGACAACGCCGAAAGAGAAGAAGAGAUGGAGUUUUCGAAGAUCAUCAGCCACAGCAGCAUCAGCAGCUGGUCCGAAGGACUCCAAUUGUGCAGAUGCAGUGCCCACCACACCACCACCAAUGCACAUGACCACAUUGGAGUCUGAGAAUUAUGAGCAGAAAAAGCACGCCAUGGCUAUGGCGGCAGCUACGGCCGCGGUUGCUGAUGCGGCUGUGGCUGCUGCGCAAGCCGCAGCUGCUGUGAUGCGGCUAACGGCAGCUGCCAACGAGAAGGCCGGUGCAAGUGAAGAAGCAGCUGCAAUAAAAAUUCAAUCCGUCUUCCGUUCAUAUUUGGCAAGAAAAGCACUGUGUGCAUUGAGAGGACUAGUGAAGUUGCAGGCACUGGUAAGGGGUCACCUGGUGAGAAAACAGGCCAAGGCUACUCUAAGGUGCAUGCAGGCAUUGGUGACGGCUCAGGCUCGAGCUCGGGCUCAGAGGAUCCGGAUGGUCGAAGACGAAAAUACUGUCAAUCCUAGGCAUUCCACCCCAAGAAGAUCUUUGCAGGAAAAUCGGUCCCGGCAUACCUAUAACGAAAUUGACAGAGGAAUGGAAGAAAACAUUAAGAUUGUGGAGAUGGAUAUUGGUGAAUCAAAGGGAAUUUUAAAGAGCAGAAAUAGCAGCUAUUCAAAUCACUCACUAACAGAAAGAACAGAACAACAUAGAUUUUCCACUCAGUAUGCACCAAAUCAAGCAUACUCAAACCAAGAAACCAACCAGCAGGUCUCCCCGGCCCCAUCGGUGCUGACUGAUAGGAGCCCGGGAGCCUGCAGUGCACAUUUUGAGAACUCUUUUGGCACAGUGCAAAGCAGCCCUCAGUGCUAUUCUGCCAUGUCCAAAAUUGACCCCUCAAGAGCUCCAUUCGCUUUCCCUAGGCCGGAUUACGGAGAGCCCUUGUCCUAUGACUACCCAUUCUUCCCAAAUUACAUGGCCAACACACAAUCUUCAAAGGCAAAAGCCCGGUCUCAGAGUGCACCGAAGCAAAGGCCUAUUGAUACAGUUGAGAGGCCUCCAAGCCGUCCGCGGAGGACGUCAAUGGAGGGAAGGAACAUCCCAAGGGCUAUGAGGAUGCAGAGGUCAUCUUCCCAUGUGAGUUCAACUGCUCAGAAUUAUCAGUACCCUUGGUAUAUGAAGCUGGAUAGGUCCACAGUUUCACUCAAAGAAAGUGAGUGUGGCUCCAGCAGUACAGUGCUCACAAACACCAACUACUGCAGAUCUCUUGUUGCAUAUGAUGCACAUGGAAAUAGGUAAUAACAACUCAUCCAUUCCCAAAAUGAUGCUUUGCCCCAAAGCAUAACAAUGCAUAGUGUAAUUAGGAGAAUGCAAACUCCGAAGGGGAAUGAACAAACACAGUGAAGAACUUCCUCUAGGUGGUGCAAAUGACACCUUUUUAUUUAUUAUUCCUUUCUUUUAUUUUCUUUCGAUUCGUGCCUCAUUGCAAGGAGAAAAUCUUGUAUGUCGUCCAAUAGACACUUGGUGACAGGGUAGAAUCUCUCCGUUGUAA